AUGUUCAUGCAGCAGCACAGCCCUGGCUGCAGUGACCUAACCCACCUCCUCUCCCUCUCUGUCCCUCCCACAGUGAAGAGACAAGACCCCAGCAGCGCUGUGGGGAACCACCUGCCCAUCCUGCAGUGGGAAGACAAGCGAGGCUUGGCCUUUACCAAGAACAACCUGAGUUAUUCCAGCAACGCUCUGGUGAUUCCUGUGUCUGGGGACUACUAUGUCUAUGCUCAGGUCACGUUCCGAGGGCUCAUCGAGAGCCCCAGCAAACACAUUUCUGUCACUGAGAUCAUCACCAAGGUCACUGACAGUUACCCCGAGCCCACCCAGCUGCUGACGGGCACCAAGACCCUCAGUGAGAACUGGAAUGGCUGGUACCAGCCCAUUUAUCUGGGGGCUGUGGUCUCCUUGGAAGUGGGGGACAAGCUGAUGGUCAACGUCAGCGACAUCAAGCUGGUGGAUUACACCAAGGAGCACAAAACCUUCUUUGGGGCCUUUUUGCUGUAGGUCUCUGCCAGCAGCUGGGGAGCUUUUCCCUUCAGGGCCUUGGGGGGACCUCGUUGGACUUUGGCUUUGUUGGGUGUGCGUUGGGGUGCGAUUCCUGCUGUUGUCCCUCCUCUGUACCACCACCCCCUGCAGCUCAUUGGAGCCCUCAUUUAAUGGGUAGGGAAAGCUGAAGCUGCAGGUCGAACUGAAAUA